UCAGCAUACGAAAAAGAAGAAAAGUCGUUUACGCGUGUGGAGGUAAUAACCAACAAUCAGAGACGAUUGUUGGCCAUAAUAAUCUCGAGAAGAAGAAGAAGAGGAGGAAGAAGAAGCUUGCCGAGAAAGAAGGCGAAGAAUAUAUUGAAGCGGAACAAGAUUAAGGUUUGUUUAUUUUACAAUUAUUAUUUGUCCUGUGUGUGUAUGUGUGUGUGCUUUUUGUUUGCGCAAUUCACACAUUGUGUUACAACAAUCGUCGCAAAACAUUGAUAAAAAUUUGUCACUUGAUAAAUUUCGAUUCGAGCAUCCGCUACAUGUUGUAAAUGUUUAACGAUUUAGCCUGCAAUUGUAAUAAUUUUUUCAUCUUUAUCAUGUUACAGGUGACACUGGUAGCGGCAAACGUGCAACCCCACAAUGGCUAAAAAUUUUAUGGAGAAGAAAAACGCAGAAAUGUUGAAUCGCAACAAGGGUGCUUUACCAAUUUUUUCCGUGAGACGCAGGAUCGUGUCCGCGAUCGCCGACAAUUCUGUCGUCAUCAUACGUGGGUCCUCGGGAUCCGGAAAAUCCACGCAGGUGCCGCAAUUUUUGUUGGACGAAGCGUAUGAGAAGGAAAAUUUACACGGCGACACUAUUGAAGAGCAACGUUGCAACAUUAUAGUAACGCAGUCGAGACGCAUCGCCGCUCGAAACAUGGCGAAACGCGUCAGCAACGAGAGAGGAUGCCCCGUUGGUACACUCGUUGGAUAUGACAUGGGCUUGCACAAAAAUGUAAACCACGACACUCGUAUAACGUAUUGUCCGCCGGACGUACUGUUGAAUAAUUUUCUAAGUAAUAAAAGUAUGACGGACUAUACGAUUGUCAUAUUGGAUGACAUACACGAAUACAACAAGGACAUGGAUUUCCUCAUGUUCCUAGUGAGAGAGUUUUUACGUACAACGUCCCCAAGAGUGAAAGUUGUACUAAUAUCCACGACGAUCGACGUGGACAAAUUUGCUCAAUAUUUUGCAAUGCCUGUAGAAAAUGAAUUUGUACCCGCACCAAUCAUUGAUAUUCCCAAUUGGAAAGCUUACAAUCUUUCCAUAUGGUAUAUCGACCAGAUUGAGGAUUUUGGUUGCAUCCCCAAAGUCAACGAGGAACCGACAAUCACGACUGAAAUGGUGAAAUUUGCCGUACGUAUCGUACGUGCCUUCGACUUGAUUGAAAGUGGAGAAAGUAGCGAUGAAAAGGGCACUGUACUAGUGUUUCUACCGGGAUUUAGCGAAAUUAAUAAAUUACAUGCCGCAUUGUUGAGUUUCAAACAUGAAUCUGACAAUUGGGAUGUAAUCGAUUUACACAAGCUCGUCUUGGCCACCGACCAGAAGGAAAUAUUUAAAGAGUCUACAAAAAAUAUUCGACGUAUUAUAUUGUCGACCAACCUUGCUGAAAGCAGCAUUACCGUGCCCAAUGUUAAAUACGUGAUUGAUUUUUGCUUGACAAAAAUCCACGUCGUCGACUCUGAAACUGAUUGCGAAUACUUGCAACUGCGUUGGACAAGUAAAUUGAAUUGCCAGCAGCGUGCCGGUCGUACGGGUCGCGUGGCGAACGGCAGGGUAUACAGAAUGGUACCGACGGCGUUUUACGAGAAUGUGCUGCCAAAAGAAUUGUGGCCAAAGAUACUUAGAGCUACGCUCGCAAAUGUAAUUCUCCAGAUGAAAAUGUUGAAUUUGAGCAAACCCGAAAAUCUGGUUCAUCUCAUUUUGCAUCCACCCAAUCUCAGCGAUAUACAAAAGACUGUAUUAUGGUUGAAAAGAGUUGGCGCACUAUCCGCGAAGGACCAAUCCAAAACCGAUGGGAAUCUUACGCUGGGUCGCGUAAUGGCCAGUCUCCCCUCGUUAGACAUACACGCGACAAAAUUGAUUGUCCUGGGCAAGCUUUUCGGGGUUUUGUCAAACGCGAUUAUUCUCGCGGCUAUUAUCGUGAAUAAAGAUUUAUUCAAUGUCGGACGCAACGACGCGAAAACAAUUUACCACAGAAAACUGACGUGGGAUAAGAAUGUCGCGAGUGAUUUGAUAACAAGCCUGCGUGUAUUUAAAGCGUGGCGCGAGGAAAAACAAAGUGGCCGCCUACAAGAUCGAGACGACGACACGAAAUGGGCGCAAGAAAAUCACGUUCGCGUGACUUCGCUUGCCGCGAUCGAAACAUUUGUACGCAAUAUAACUGUGAAAUUAGACACGCUCGGUAUAACGAAAACAAUAGAUUCCGAGGUAAUAUCGUGGGAAAGUUUAAACAUGAGUCCCAACUUUAUAUUAAGAUUUGUAAUCGCCAGUGCAUUCUAUCCAAAUUAUUUUGUCAAAUUUCCACGAGACCCUGCAGCAGAGCCGUCAUUGAAUUCCGAGACGUCGACAGACAAAGAGCCACGUUUAGAUUUACCGAGAGAUUUUGAUUCGCGAUCCGAGGCAAGAUUACAAGGUCCCCUCUCGCCGAUAGAAGCUCGUUUGACCCGUACGGCGGUGCCGACGACGACGACGACGAGAGGACAGCCGACCAAAUUUGUGUCGGUAGACUUCACAUCGGUAAACGCAAAUUUAUUCGACAAUUGCUGCUUGGCGACAGAUUCGAAAGGAUUUUUCCUAGUGGCGCAAACAAUUUCCCGAGAUACCAACAACCCGUCGCAUUUGAUUGUACAAAACACAACUCUGUUGCCCGCUACACCGCCCGGUCUCGCGUCGCUCGUCCCUUUAAUUUUCACGCCGCACGUGGAACUGCAAUGUAAUCCGAUGGACACUCGCUACACGGGCGCUCUGUGUGGAUUGGGAUACGAUUGCACGACGCAGCAGAGCUUGCUUCCGGACCACGAUCUGGAAAUUAAAUUUGACGUCGAAAUCGCGACAAACGAUUUGCGAAUGAUUAACGAACUUCGCCACUGGAUGAACGUGGGAAUGCAUUUAUUUAAAAACGUCAAUACUAUAGAUGGCGACGACGAAAAAGAGAUGCAUCGCGAAAAAACGAUAAAUUGUUACAAUCAAAUUCGACGUCUAAUCAAAAUUUUGAUGAGCAAGAAUCGUGAGAAGAUGGAACCAGUUCAAGUCUCUAAUAUCGAUCGACGCAAUAUCUGCAACUACGUUCCACUUGUAUAUCCUCUGCAGGAAAAUGAAAAUGAAAGUAACGUGUACCAUCCACACCGGAUACCGAAAUUAAUGGAAAAAACAAAGGAGAUUGAAAAAAUUGAAAAAACAGUGGAAUAUUUAUUGGAAUUGCAGACUUUAGCUCGUCAAGACUCGCGUGAGACCUUUGCACCAACUUGUUGCAAACUGUGUGACGUGAAGAUGCGUGAUCGCUUGACUCGUGGCAUACAUUUAAAAUCGAUCCGACAUAUGGCCAGGUUACAGUCCACGCCUAAUUUGACCAACAGCCCAAACCUCAUUCCGCGAAAAAGCACCGUUGGCGACAAGAGUAGCGACAGCGACAGCAACAAUGACAGCGGCGACGAUAGCGGCGAUGCUUAA